GAGACAAUAAAACUGCAAUCCUACUUCAGUUAUGGCUUUGAUCAUGUUAAGUUGCUUUCACACCUGCGGUUGCGACUAGCGAGAGGAACAUAAUUUCCGUACCGCAAAACCAGCAUGCUCAAAGAUGCUGUUGAAAAAACCAGUUGCAGGAGUAACACUUCGUUUGGGGACAAACGGUUCGAGCAUUUUUUUUAUUGCCAAGAAGCUGUUAUCAUCAUCCAACGGGCCUUUUACUGAGUUGUCUGGCCGACAUGAUCGUUUUGGGGAGGUGGAUAACCAAGAAAAUUCAAGAAAAGUUGAGAACGCAAGGCAAAGAGUAGACGAAAUAUGCCGUAUCUUGGAAAGUAGUCGUUGGGGGAUUGAAGUGGAAGAUGCCUUAUCGGUGUUCGACGAAAAGCCUCAACCAGAAUUUGUAAUUGGAGUGUUGAGGAGGUUGAAAGAUGUUACUGGAGCAAUUAAUUAUUUUCGAUGGGCUGAAAGAGUAACUGAUCAACCACAUUGUCCUGAAGCAUACAAUGCGUUGAUUAUGGUCAUGAUCCGUAAUAAAAAUUUUGAUUGUCUGGAACAGAUUCUUGGAGAAAUGAGUGUUGCAGGAUUUGGUCCUUCUAAUCACGCGUGUAUUGAAUUGAUUGUGAGCUGUGUUAAAUCACGUAAACUGAGAGAAGCUUUUGAUAUCAUACAAACUAUGAGGAAGUUUAAGUUGCGGCCUGCAUUUUCAGCUUAUACCACUCUAAUUGGUGCUCUAUCUGCGGUUAAUGAGUCUGAUCUAAUGCUCACUCUGUUUCAUCAAAUGCAGGAGCUGGGUUAUGAAGUAAGCAUUCAUUUGUUUACAACUCUCAUCCGGGUCUUUGCCAAGGAUGGCCGGGUUGAUGCUGCUUUAUCCUUGUUGGAGGAGAUGAAAAGCAAUUCUUUUGAUGCUGAUAUUGUUCUUUAUAAUGUAUGUAUAGACUGUUUCGGUAAGGUGGGUAAGUUGGAUAUGGCAUGGAAAUUUUUCCAUGAGAUGAAAGCACAAGGUUUGGUUCCUGAUGAUGUUACUUAUACAAGCAUGAUAGGAGUUCUCUGUAAAGCUAACAUGCUGGACGAAGCUGUGGAAAUAUUUGAGCAGAUGGAACACAACAGGAAGGUACCCUGUGCGUAUGCAUACAACACCAUGAUUAUGGGUUAUGGGUUGGCUGGAAAGUUUGAUGAAGCAUAUAAUUUACUAGAGAGACAGAAAGCAAAGGGUUGCAUUCCAAGUGUCAUUGCAUAUAACGGCAUUCUUACAUGCCUAAGGAAGAAGGGGAGAGUAGAUGAGGCAUUGAGAAUAUUUGAGGAGAUGAAGAGAGAUGCAGUGCCCAAUGUUUCGACCUAUAAUAUUCUUAUUGACAUGCUCUGCAAAGUUGGAAAUCUUGAUAUUGCCUUCCAGAUUCGAGAUGCCAUGAGAGAAGCUGGGUUAUUUCCUAAUAUUAGGACUAUAAACAUUAUGGUUGAUCGACUUUGUAAAGCUCAAAAACUUGAUGAAGCUUGUUCUUUGUUUGAAGGAAUGGAUCACAAAGUUUGCGCCCCAGAUGAAGUUACAUUUUGCUCACUUAUAGAUGGCUUAGGCAAGCAUGGUAGGGUGGAUGAUGCUUAUAGGCUUUAUGAAAAGAUGUUGGAUUCUGAUCAUAAUCCAAGCGCUGUUGUGUAUACAUCCCUGAUUAGGAACUUCUUUACUUCUGGUAGGAAGGAGGAUGGUCACAAGAUAUGUAAGGAAAUGCUUAAUAGAGGCUGUUCUCCUGACCUGACGCUUCUUAAUACUUAUAUGGAUUGUGUUUUCAAAGCUGGAGAAACCGAGAAGGGCAGGGCCUUGUUUGAGGAAAUAAAGGCUUAUGGAUAUAUCCCGGAUGUACGAAGCUAUUCAAUCCUAAUUCAUGGCCUUGUCAAAGCGGGUUUUGCACAAGAAACCUAUGAGUUGUAUUAUGCAAUGAAAGAGCAAGGCUUUGUUUUGGACACUCGUGCAUACAACACGGUUAUUGAUGGAUUCUGCAAAUCUGGCAAAGUGAACAAAGCUUACCAACUGCUUGAGGAAAUGAAAACGAAUGGUCACCAACCAACCGUUGUUACAUAUGGCUCUGUCAUCGAUGGACUUGCUAAAAUUGAUAGGCUUGAUGAAGCAUAUAUGCUGUUUGAAGAAGCAAAGUCACAGGGCAUAGAGUUGAAUGUAGUUAUCUAUAGCAGUCUUAUUGAUGGGUUUGGGAAGGUAGGUAGAAUUGAUGAAGCUUAUCUAAUAAUGGAAGAGUUGAUGCAGAAAGGCUUGACACCUAAUGUAUAUACAUGGAAUUGCUUGCUUGAUGCGCUGGUAAAAGCAGAGGAAAUUAAUGAGGCCAUUGUCUGUUUCCAGUCCAUGAAAGAUUUGCGGUGCACACCCAACAUUGUAACUUACAGCAUUCUCAUAAAUGGGCUUUGUAAUGUUAGAAAAUUUAACAAAGCCUUUGUGUAUUGGCAAGAGAUGCAAAAACAAGGGUUGAAACCCAAUACAAUCACAUACACCACCAUGAUAUCAGGGCUUGCAAAGGUUGGAAACAUUGUAGAGGCUAGUGGGCUAUUUGAAAGAUUUAAGGCAAAUGGGGGUAUUCCUGAUUCUGCUAGCUAUAAUGCUAUGAUUGAAGGGUUAAGUCAUGCAAAUAGGGCAAUGGAUGCAUUCACUCUUUUUGAGGAAACUCGAUUGAAAGGUCUUAAGAUUCAUACCAAAACUUGCAUUGUUCUUUUAGAUGCAUUGCAUAAGGCAGAAUAUCUGGAGCAGGCAGCAAUUGUGGGGGCUGUCUUGAGGGAAAGAGCAAAGUCUCAGCAUGCUGCAAGAUCUUGGUAGCUCCUGGUGUUUUUCAAAGUAUUGAGGGAUCGGUUGGUGACGCUCUUAGGUUUGAUCUUUCUGAUAGAGCAAUGUGUGCAAUGACAAUAUAUCGGUGGAAUCUCUGUCUGCUUCAAUUUUCAUCGGGGUUAAUUAGCUCUAAAAGAGUCCCACCAAGUAUCAACCAAGGUUUCUAUGGAUCCACCUUUUUCCCAUUUCCUCACAUGUGAAAAACAGAGCUAUCUUCAACUGGUGAUUUGUUCAUGCAGGCAUUGUAAUGGUCAAAUUACAUCGGUUCCUCUUAUGUGUCUGGCCCAACAUUUAUGGACUCGUCUAGUGGUCUUCUUCCAGUUUGCUGCUUUUAGCACCCGGAAUACAUAAGCAUUGAGAAUUAGAUGCUUCUUCAUCCUUUGAUGCAGAGAUUUAUUUGUCAUUCUCAUUCAGAAGACAAUUCUAGCCUCCAUUUGGUACACCAUUGUGCUCAUUUUUGUCAGAUUCCUUUAGCCUUUUGGCUUGUGACUAGGAAAAGGCAACUGGGAGCCGGUAAAUUAUUCUAGUUCGCUGAAAAAAUAAAGAACCGACGAAGUCCUUUUUGAGAGCUCUCAAGAUUGAUAUGGCAUGGGACCAUCCGAAACAAGUCUGCAUAUGAAGAUAUAAACUCCCAACUCUCUUGGACUAGUAAGGUGAAGACCAAAAUGGUUUUCCCCUAGAAGAUCGCUAGCCAUGAACGAUGCCAAGAAAUGUAUUUCGUAGUUGUCGAAACUAAAAAAAAAAAAAAA